AGCGUAGAGACACGAAUUGGACGCGCACUCGCCGGACUCUUCGUGUCCAAAUACAGGGACAGAAGUCACAGCGGCACGCAGUCUGACGCACUCGGGACGGACGGAUGGAAAAUACGAACGUAACCAUGAAGAAGUGACACCAUGAACGGGAGUUUGGGUUUGGUUUCGAAUGAGUCCUCGGCAUCGAACCUUUCCCACUGUUUCCAUGGCGAUGACUGGUUCAAAUAUCGGGCCUACACCUUCACCUACGUCCUGCUGUUCCCCGUCGCCUUUCUGUCCAACCUGUGUGCAGUGACAGUCUUUACACUACAGAGGAAACAGAGGCCCACUUCGUCGGCCGUGGUGAUGGUGAACUUGGCGCUCUCAGAUCUGGGCUUCUCCAUGACUCUGCCUCUCAGACUGGUCUACUACUUCAGGCAGGGCAUCUGGGACUUCCCUGACUGGCUCUGCCGCCUCUGUGUCUACGGCUUCUACCUCAACCUCUACACCAGCAUCCUGUUCCUCACUCUACUGAGCAUACUCCGAUGGCUCGCUGUGGCACAACCAUUACGUCAUAGCACUCUGGCCACACCCACUCGCAUCCUGUUAGUCUGUCUGGGCAUCUGGGUGUUUGUGGGCUUGGGUUCCUCCUUCUUCUUGACUCAGGGCGUGGUACACAGAGGAGGUAUCCCACGUUGCUUUGAGCCUCACAAACCCUCGUCGUGGGAGCUCGUCUUGAUCCUGAAUUAUGUGGCUCUGGUCUUUGGGUUCCUCCUCCCGUUUGUGGUCAUCAUCUGCAGCUACAGCUUCAUAGUGCACCGCCUCACCACUCGCCCUGCCUCCUUCUCCGAGCACCACAAGCCUCGCCCCUCUACGCCAUGUGGGGGUAUGAGCAGCAGGCGUAGGUCACUGUCUCUUGUCUCCGUGGUAAUCGUCACCUUCCUGCUCUGUUUCCUGCCGUACCACGUGAUCCGCUCCCUGCACCUCCACGCCGUGUGCGGGGGUUGGGGCUGUACGGCCGUGGUCACUCUUCAGAGGCUGGUGGUGGUUACGCUUUGUCUGGCAGCGUCCAACAGCGCCCUCAACCCUCUGCUCUACUACUACGCCACCCAGAGCUUCAGGGACCAACUGACCAGAGCUGGGUCCAGGAUCAGCAGCAGAACUCGCUCACAGCACUGAGGGGAGGGGCUGGGG